GAGCAGCAUGUGUGGUUGACCCCGCCCUCUCUAUGAUGACGGCGGCUCAUACACUUUAACACGGAAACUGUCCCACGGUGCAGAAAUGGCUGCUGAACCCACCGGAGAGACAGCCGCUCUGGCUGCCGAGAACCACGCACCCUCAGCGGGGACAAGCGAGAGCAAUGACGAGGACAAAGAGAAGGGCCUCGCCGAAGCGGAACCAGCGGAACCAGUUCCUCACGUAGAACCGAAAAUGGAAGAGGCGGGCGGGGAGGCCGGCGAGGAGAAGCCCGCUGAAGCUGCGGACAAGGCCCCGAGCGAGGCGGUGGCACACGACGGCCCCGUAACUGUCAACCAGGAGGAGACAGCCGCUCCCGAAGAACCGGAGGCGAAGCCCGAGCCCGAGCAGAGCCCCGGAGAGGGCAGCAGCGAGCCCGCCAACCACAGCGCCAUGAAGGAGGCGAAGGAGGAACCGGGGGAGGACAGCCGGUGCUCGGAGGCGGACUGUGAGAAGAGCAAAGCGGUGUGUGACGACGGGGAGAAACCGAGCGGCGGAGGCACGGAGCUGGACGACAAGAGGCGGCCCAGUGUGGAGAUAUCAUCCUCGGACGGUGAACCGCUGAGCCGCAUGGACUCGGAGGACAGUAUCAGCAGCACCCUGAUGGAGAUGGAGAGCACGGUGUCCAGCGGACGCUCCACUCCCGCUAUGAUGAAUGGACAGAUCAGCGCCAGCUCCUCCGGGGCAAAGACUGUGGCCUACUCCUGCUGCUGGGACCUCUGUCCCCAGUGCUUCAACUCAAGUCCUGAUCUGGCUGAGCACAUCAGGGGCAUUCAUGUGGAUGGACAGAGAGGAGGGGUGUUUGUGUGUCUGUGGAAGGGUUGUAAGGUGUAUAACACACCAUCCACCAGUCAGAGUUGGCUCCAGAGACACAUGUUGACCCACAGCGGAGAUAAGCCCUUCAAGUGUGUAGUCGGUGGCUGUAACGCCAGCUUUGCCUCUCAGGGAGGUUUGGCUCGCCAUGUGCCGAGUCACUUCAGCCAGCAGAGCUCCUCUAAAAUGUCCAGCCAGGCCAAACUCAAAGAGGAGUCACCGUCCAAGGCUGGACUUAACAAGAGGAAGAAGCUCAAGAACAAACGCAGGUGCUCCCUACCGAGGCCCCACGACUUCUUCGAUGCUCAGACCAUGGAUGCUAUUCGCCACAGGGCCAUCUGUCUCAACCUCGCCACCCACAUCGAAAGCGUGGGCAAUGGCCACAGUGUGGUCUUUCACAGCACGGUGUUGGCCAGAAGGAAAGAAGGGUCCGGCAAGGUGAAGGUUCUCCUGCACUGGACACCUGAGGACAUCCUACCUGACGUGUGGGUGAAUGAAACGGAGCGAUGUCAGCUGAAGACCAAAGUGGUGCACUUAUCCCAGUUACCGCAGGACACAGCCAUGCUGCUGGACCCAAACAUCUAUAGAGCACUUCCUCAAAAGCGGCUGAAGUGCAGCCUGUGAGGAGUCACCUGUGGACUCGAUACUUAAAGGGAAAUCCUUGUGCAUAGGAGAUUUAUCUGUAAGGGAUGGGACACUCUUCAUCUGUCUCUGCUGAACGGGAGAAGUGAAGAGGCGAUAAAAGGGACUUCUCCUUUUUUUAAAUUUUGUGUAUAUGAAACAUGGUUGUAGCCGAGUGUGGUGGUAAAAUGGGACUAAUAAUUUUGAAAGAAAACUUUGUGUUCAUCAAAAACUUAUAUGAAUGUUUUUAAAAAGCUGAAAAUAUUCUUUAUACCCAAUGGUGUUAAAAGCAGUUUUGUGUACGUUUGUCAGAAGAUGCAGCAUCUUUUAUAACUGUUUUGUGUAAAAUAUUUAUGCAGAUUUGUAACUUAUUUUUAUACCAUGAAAAUGCUGGUGUACUGUGGAUUUUUGUGAAGGUUUUGAAUAGAACCGUAUUUACUGUGAUAAUCUAUGUUAACUAUCACUUAUUGGGAUAUUUGAACAUUUCUUGUUGUAAUUAUGUUGUACAUAACAAAAGUCUUAACAGAUUAUCCUAUUUAUACUUCCUGAAUGCAGUACUGGACUUUGUAUUCAAUACAAUGCAAAAUAUUACAGGAGCAAUAACUGUAGUAGCUCUUAAUCUUACCCAGUCAGAGUACUUCAUAAAAUGACUCUGACAUGUUAGCAGGCACUCAAAGUGUAAAUUAAACCAAUUUAUCAACUUAAACACGAACUUUGUAUAUCAUAGUCCGUAUGAUACAUUUACAUCACCGCCAUUUACUAUUAUUGAUAUUGAGUUGUCUUUUCUACUGUGUUUGGAAAUUGAACAUGUGUUUGUAAUAAAAUGGCAGAAUCGACAGAUGUUGACAAAGUUGUUUGUUUAGAUCAUAGACCGUAAAUAUAAAGAUGGACGACAUGACGGCACAAAAGUGAAGCCAAAGCGUCUUAAUCACCUCUGUUGGCUGGACCUAAGGUUAUAAACCACACCUUCUCUAUGUCGCUAUAUGUUUUUUAUGUUAUUUUUUAAAUGUGGGUUCUGUCAUCGCCGGUAGUUCU